AUGACGGUCAAAACUUUUUCAUACAUUUCAUCAGAGACGGACAACUAUAGAUCACUCGAUCUAUAUUUUUCGCCUAAUGCCAACAAGACAUCACCACUUGUAUUGCUAGUACACGGUGGUGCCUGGCGCUCUGAAGACAAAUCUGAUUAUCAAGAAUUGUGUCAAGGCUUCGUACACCAUGGCCUUUCAGUUGCCUCAGUUAACUACAGGCUAAGCUUGAAGGAAGGUGAGAACGACACUCCACAUGUUCAGCAUCCUACCCACAUACACGAUGUUGGAAAUGCAGUCAAGUUUCUGUACGAGACACCACCUUCCGAGCUCUAUGAUCCUAAGCAAUUGUACCUUGUUGGGCAUUCUGCUGGUGCUCAUAUAAGCAUGAUGCUAUUGUUGAGUACAGAUAUGCCUUACCAUCAGUAUAUUCAAGGAAUCAUUGGUGUAUCCGGUAUUUACGAUAUUCCGCUCUUGCUUGAAAUUCACCCCUCAUAUGCAGACUUUAUAGUACAGGCUUUUGGGACAGAUGAUAGUGUCUACUAUGAUGCCUCUCCCAUUAACAAAAAAUCGUAUAUUCUGGGUAACAAACCCGUCUUCAUUUUACAAAGCUCUGAAGAUACUUUAGUUGAUAACAAACAAGCUGAGAGAAUGUAUUCACACCUCCAAACAUUUCAUAAGAAUAUAGAACUCGACCUCACUUUAACUGGAGACCAUUAUGAUAUAAUGAAAACUGAAAACCUACUCAAAUAUAUUAAGCAGAUGCUUCUUGUGAACGAACAUACAUAA